AGUUGACCCUUUCUUGUAUUUAUCUUCGGGAGCGGCGACACGCCAGGGUCAGGUGCUUCCUUACCCUUCUUUUGUACAUGAAGCCAGCAAAACAAGGGGCUUAAAUCGUGUUCACUUCUCUGUCAACAAGAUACGAACAGUGUUCUCGUUCCCCUGGCUGGCCCUCAUCACCAUUGCCACAUAAUAACACAGAUCGAUUGGCGUCCAAAUAUACAUCCAAUUCUUGUUGUUCUUUAUAGAAUUAAGUUAGAAGAUGAAGUUUUGUAAGAAAUACGAGGAGUACAUGCAAACACAAGACCAGAAGAAACUGCCUGGUGUGGGUUUUAAAAAUCUCAAGAAAAUAUUGAAGCGCUGUCGCAGGGAGACAACUCAGUUACAGAAUUCCCCAUUGCUUCUUAAUGACUCUGCUCAUCAUAACUCUCAUGCGCGUUGCCUGCACCCUUGCCCAGUCUGCGAUGGAAGCUUCUUUCCAUCCCUUAUGAAGGAGAUGUCUGUGGUGGUUGGAUGUUUUAAUGAGCGUGCACAAAAGGUGCUUGAUGUUCAUCUGGCGACAGGCUUCCACAAGUACUUCAUGUGGUGCAAAGGCAAGUUACAUGGCCAAGGAAACGGAAACCAUCAUUCCUUAAUACAAGAAGGCAAGGACCUUGUUGGCUAUGCGCUUAUCAAUGCCAUUGCUAUGCGCAAAAUCCUUAAGAAAUAUGAUAAGAUACAUGACUCUAAACAAGGGCAAGCAUUCAGGUCACAAGUCCAGAGCAUGCACAUGGAACUCCUUCAGUCUCCAUGGCUUUGUGAGCUUAUUGCCUUCCACAUUAACUUAAGGGAAUCAAAGAAAGCUUUUAGGAAAUGUUCUGAAAUAUUAUUAGAGGGAUGUUCUCUUGUAUUUAAUGAUGGAAAACCAUCACUUUCGUGUGAGCUGUUUGAUGCUGUGAAGCUUGAGAUAGACUUGACUUGUUCCAUAUGCUUGGAUACUGUAUUUGAUCCUGUGUAUUUGAGUUGUGGACACAUAUUCUGCUUCAUGUGUGCUUGCAAAGCUGGAUCAGUAACAAUUGUUGAUGGAUUGAAGGCAACUGAGCCUACUGCCAAAUGUCCUCUGUGUCGACAAGCAGGAGUUUACAAUGGAUCUCUCCAUCUGGAUGAGCUCAAUAUUUUACUUAGUCGAAGAUGCCCUGAAUAUUGGGAGGAAAGGCUUCAAAGUGAGAGAGCAGAAAGGAUUCGACAGACAAAGGAGCAUUGGGAAUCUCAGUCACGUGCAUUCUUGGGGAUCUGAACUUGUAAGAAGUUUUGAAUAAGUUGUAGCUUGCUUCUUGUAAUAUAUUUCAUGUUCUAUGACAAAUAAUUUCGCUUA